CUCUUCUCCUCAUCAAGAGGAGUCCACAUCUCCCCACUCCUUUUGAGAAUACUCUUUUCAUUUUUUUAAUUCUUCCCAAAAAUAAAUUAAAAUAAAUAAAAAAAUCAGUCUCAAAUUCCUCAAAUUUGCGUAGUUCAUCACGCUCUUCAUAACUUCUCUCUCCUCUCACUCUUUUCGUCUCUUCCCUCAGUGGGAAUUUGUCAUGAAGACUUGAAUUUUGAAGUACAAGAACUGGCCAUGGGUGGUUGCUGUUGCUCUUCCAGAAAGUCUCAAUUGCAAGGGACACCCGUGUAUUACUAUUGUCCCCCGUCUUUGGAUGAGCAGAAUAACUUCAGAGCAUACCGUGGAGCAGCCAAUGGGCUGUCAACAGGGCUUCUGGUUGGACUAAAUUUGGACACAUCAAGCCCUGAUACUUUCAGACCUCCUCCUGCACCUAUUCCUUUUAAUGUGCUUUUUGGGCGCCCCCAGACUCCACUUCGUACUCUUGGAUGCCAAGGACCUAAAUGUGAUGCAACGAAACAGUCCAAACCUGCAGCUGUUGGAGAGAUUGCUGGUGCUGAUGGCUCUAAUAAAUUGAUUUCUGGUGGUCAUGUUGGGAAAUCAGAAGGAAAAACCCUUGCUGACAUUUUGCUUGCUUCACCAACAAAGUCUGAUGUAGAAAUCUCAAAAUCGUCCGAGGCUUAUGCCACAGAGGAAGAGGAUGCCUGUCCUAUCUGUCUGGAAGAAUAUGACACUGACAACCCUAAAAUGGUCACAAAUUGUGAGCAUGAUUUUCACCUGUCAUGUCUUCUUGAGUGGAUGGAAAGAAGUGAUUCCUGUCCAGUUUGUGAUAAGGAAAUGAUAUUUGAUCACCCUGAUGAUCAGAACUAAGAAAUUCCCUUGAUGAACAGAGCUAGUCGUUUAUUCCAAAUGUUUGCUGAUCAGUAAACCAAAUGUGAAUGGGGUUAUAUGUUUCAGCGACGUCUCAGUUUCUAAUUUGCUGACACAACAUGUGGCUUAGUAAGGUUCAACGUCGUCAUUCCAUUUAAAGUCUGGUUUGCUGAAGUCUCCUGCACUUAUCUCUGAUUCUAUGUAUCAGUGACUUGGAAAGUUGUCUGCUUCUUGUCAAAGAAUGAGGACGAGAUGCGGGUUAAGGAUUCUGAUGUAUUCACACGCUACGUUUUGGAACUGCGAAAGGGAUGCAAUGGUUAGCACUCGCCUUCCGGUCUAUAUUAUUUCCCGAAUUCUACUUACAUGUACAUAAUUUUCCUCUUUCCUUCUUUGUGUCCCUUCUUUUGGUGGUGUUGGCUUCCCCUCUUUCUCCAUUUUAUUUGUCCUCCCUACGGCCAUACCUCGUCUUUAAUAGGUUGUUAUCUUUUUCAUCAAAGUUGCACAUUCAAUUGGUGCAUUUGUGUACUUUUGCAUGGUUUCACAAAAGAAUUUCUUUUUUUUCAGGAAAACAUUUUUUUUUAGUAAAGUCAGUGCUCAUUGUCACUGAGUUCUGGUCAGUAUACAAAAAUGUCAACAGUGAGUUUAUUCUACCUUCA